CAUCACAUGAUUCGACACUUGGUGGUCAAGCUACAGUGGUGUUAUAUUAUAUGUUGAUAAAUUAUAUUAAAUUUAAAUCCGACCACAAUUAUACACAAUGAGUUUGAGUGCAGUUUUUUUGGUUUUGGCAAUCGGUUUUACCGUUGCAUGUGGACUAGACUUGUCUAGAGGUGAUGGUAUUUAUCCGAAUUUAGCAAGAAGAAGUGAUAUAAUGUCACCAGAUCGUUUAGCUACAAAUCUAAUAAAUCGAAGGAAUUUAAUGAAACGAGAUAGUACAAUAAAACAUAUGACGAUCCCACAAAUACCUGAAGUGAAUCCUGUUGCAAGUGGACUAGACUUGUCUGGAGGUGAUGGUAUUUAUCCAAAUUUAGCAAGAAGAAGUGAUAUAAUAAUGUCACCAGAUCGUUUAGCUACAAAUCUAAUGAAUCGAAGGAAUUUAAUGAAACGAGAUAGUACAAUAAAACAUAUGACGAUCCCACAAAUACCUGAAGUAAAUCCUGUUGCAAGUGGACUAGACUUGUCUGGAGGUGAUGGUAUUUAUCCAAAUUUAGCAAGAAGAAGUGAUAUAAUGUCACCAGAUCGUUUAGCUACAAAUCUAAUAAAUCGAAGGAAUUUAAUGAAACGAGAUAGUACAAUAAAACAUAUGACGAUCCCACAAAUACCUGAAGUGAAUCCUGUUGCAAGUGGACUAGACUUGUCUGGAGGUGAUGGUAUUUAUCCAAAUUUAGCAAGAAGAAGUGAUAUAAUAAUGUCACCAGAUCGUUUAGCUACAAAUCUAAUGAAUCGAAGGAAUUUAAUGAAACGAGAUAGUACAAUAAAACAUAUGACGAUCCCACAAAUACCUGAAGUAAAUCCUGUUGCAAGUGGACUAGACUUGUCUGGAGGUGAUGGUAUUUAUCCAAAUUUAGCAAGAAGAAGUGAUAUAAUGUCACCAGAUCGUUUAGCUACAAAUCUAAUAAAUCGAAGGAAUUUAAUGAAACGAGAUAGUACAAUAAAACAUAUGACGAUCCCACAAAUACCUGAAGUAAAUCCUGUUGCAAGUGGACUAGACUUGUCUGGAGGUGAUGGUAUUUAUCCAAAUUUAGCAAGAAGAAGUGAUAUAAUAAUGUCACCAGAUCGUUUAGCUACAAAUCUAAUGAAUCGAAGGAAUUUAAUGAAACGAGAUAGUACAAUAAAACAUAUGACGAUCCCACAAAUACCUGAAGUAAAUCCUGUUGCAAGUGGACUAGACUUGUCUGGAGGUGAUGGUAUUUAUCCAAAUUUAGCAAGAAGAAGUGAUAUAAUGUCACCAGAUCGUUUAGCUACAAAUCUAAUAAAUCGAAGGAAUUUAAUGAAACGAGAUAGUACAAUAAAACAUAUGACGAUCCCACAAAUACCUGAAGUAAAUCCUGUUGCAAGUGGACUAGACUUGUCUGGAGGUGAUGGUAUUUAUCCAAAUUUAGCAAGAAGAAGUGAUAUAAUGUCACCAGAUCGUUUAGCUACAAAUCUAAUGAAUCGAAGGAAUUUAAUGAAACGAGAUAGUACAAUAAAACAUAUGACGAUCCCACAAAUACCUGAAGUAAAUCCUGUUGCAAGUGGACUAGACUUGUCUGGAGGUGAUGGUAUUUAUCCAAAUUUAGCAAGAAGAAGUGAUAUAAUAAUGUCACCAGAUCGUUUAGCUACAAAUCUAAUAAAUCGAAGGAAUUUAAUGAAACGAGAUAGUACAAUAAAACAUAUGACGAUCCCACAAAUACCUGAAGUAAAUCCUGUUGCAAGUGGACUAGACUUGUCUGGAGGUGAUGGUAUUUAUCCAAAUUUAGCAAGAAGAAGUGAUAUAAUAAUGUCACCAGAUCGUUUAGCUACAAAUCUAAUAAAUCGAAGGAAUUUAAUGAAACGAGAUAGUACAAUAAAACAUAUGACGAUCCCACAAAUACCUGAAGUAAAUCCUGUUGAUCAAGCCGUUAAUUCAGAUUCUGUACCAUCGUUAGUUAAACGAUGUGUUUCUAAUAAAAAAUGUACGUGCUCUGAUUCACAAACAAAUUUAGAAAAUCGCGAAGUUGGGGAAACAGAAAUGAUGGAAUCUUCAUCUAGCUCAUCACAAAGCGAAACAAAUGAAAGGAAUUCAGAAAAAAAGGGAUCUUCAUAUUACUCAUCACAAAGUGAAUCUGAAGAAGCGGAAAAUAUGGAUUCUGGUAAGAAAAGCAUGUGCUCCGAUUCAAAAAAUAAUGUAGAAAAUCGUGAAGUUGGGAAAUCAGAAAAAAAUAAAUCUUCAUCUUGUUCAUCAGACAGCGAAUCUGACGAAGAGGGGAAAAAGGAUUCGAAAUCAGAAAAAAAUAAAUCGUCAUCUUGCUCAUCUCACAGUGGAUCUGAUGAAAAGGGAAAAAAAGAUUCGAAAUCAGAAAAAAAGAAAUCCUCAUCUCGCUCAUUAGACAAUGAAUCUAACGAAAAGGGAAAAAAGGAUUCGAAAUCAGAAAAAAAUAAAUCUUGUUCUUGUUCAUCGGACAAUGGAUCUGACGAAAAUGGAAAAAAGGAUUCGAAAUCAGAAAAAAAGAAAUCCUCAUCUCGCUCAUUAGACAAUGAAUCAGACGAAAAGGGAAAAAAGGAUUCGAAAUCAGAAAAAAAGAAAUCUUCAUCUUGCUCUUCAGACAAUGGAUCAGACGAAAAGGGAAAAAAGGAUUCGAAAUCAGAAAAAAAUAAAUCUUGUUCUUGUUCAUCGGACAAUGGAUCUGACGAAAAUGGAAAAAAGGAUUCGAAAUCAGAAAAAAAGAAAUCCUCAUCUCGCUCAUUAGACAAUGAAUCAGACGAAAAGGGAAAAAAGGAUUCGAAAUCAGAAAAAAAGAAAUCUUCAUCUUGCUCUUCAGACAAUGGAUCAGACGAAAAGGGAAAAAAGGAUUCGAAAUCAGAAAAAAAUAAAUCUUGUUCUUGUUCAUCGGACAAUGGAUCUGACGAAAAUGGAAAAAAGGAUUCGAAAUCAGAAAAAAAGAAAUCCUCAUCUCGCUCAUUAGACAAUGAAUCAGACGAAAAGGGAAAAAAGGAUUCGAAAUCAGAAAAAAAGAAAUCUUCAUCUUGCUCUUCAGACAAUGGAUCAGACGAAAAGGGAAAAAAGGAUUCGAAAUCAGAAAAAAAUAAAUCUUGUUCUUGUUCAUCGGACAAUGGAUCUGACGAAAAUGGAAAAAAGGAUUCGAAAUCAGAAAAAAAGAAAUCCUCAUCUCGCUCAUUAGACAAUGAAUCAGACGAAAAGGGAAAAAAGGAUUCGAAAUCAGAAAAAAAGAAAUCUUCAUCUUGCUCUUCAGACAAUGGAUCAGACGAAAAGGGAAAAAAGGAUUCGAAAUCAGAGAAAAAGAAAUCUUCAUCUUGCUCAUCAGACAAUGGAUCUGACGAAAAAGGAAAAAAGGAUUCGAAUUCAGAAAAAAAGAAAUCUUCAUCUUGCUCAUCUGAUAGUGGAUCUGUAGAAAAGGGGAAAAAGGAUUCGAAAUCAGAAAAAAAGAAAUCAUCAUCUUGCUCAUCAGACAAUGGAUCUAACGAAAAGGGGAAAAAGGAUUCGAAAUCAGAAAAAAAGAAAUCUUCAUCUUGUUCAUCAGACAGCGAAUCUGAUGAAAAGGGAAAAAAGAAUUCGAAAUCAGAUAAAAAGAAAUCCUCAUCUUGCUCAUCAGAAAAUGGAUCAGACGGAAAAGGAAAAAAUGAUUCUGGUAAGAAAUGCAUGAGCUCUGAUUCAAAAACAAAUGUAGAAAAUCGUGAAGUUGGGAAACAAGAAAAAAAUAAAUCUUCAUCUUGCUCAUCACACAGUGGAUCUGAAAAAACGGGAAAACAGGAUUCGCGCUCGAAUUCAGAAGAAGAAGAAGAAGAAGAAAACGGUCAAAUGAAGGGAAAUACACGUACAUAUUCGGAGUCAAAUACCGAAGAAGAGAACCGCGCAAUUAUGAAAAAUGAAAAUAAAAAAUCAUCAUCUACGUCAUCACGCAAUGAAAAUGGUAAAUGUGGAACAAACGGAUCGAGCGUUGGCCGAAGUUAUUCCGAUGAAGAAAACCGUGAAAUGAUGAAUAAUCAACAAAAUAAUUAUUCUGAGACGGAUACUGACGAACAAGACAAUGAAUUGAUGUUGAAUGAAAAAAACAAAUCUUCAUCUUCAUUAUCACACAGCGGAAGUGGUCAAAAUGGAAAAAACAAAUCGGACAGGAAAAAUAAUAAAUCGUCAUCUUCAAUGACACGUUAUGGAAGUGGUAACGAAGAAAUAAAUAAUUCGAUAAAUAGAAAAGACGAUACUUCAUCUUCUUCGUCCCGCUGUGGAUGUGGCAAAAAUGCAGUAAACCAAUCGGGGUUAGAAUAUAGUAGUUCUGAAUCAGAAGCAGAUGAAGAAAUGACAGAAUCAAUGAAGAAGCAACAAAAUGAAUCAUCUUUGACUUCGUCGUCAGGUUAUCAACGAAGCAUCGCAGAAUCAAAUUCUGCACGUGGAGAAUCAAACAAAAUGAUGAAAAAGGAAAAAUCCUUGGCGUCUUUACCGUACAGCCAAGGAGGUGAAAAUGCAAUGGAAAAAGCGAACAUGGAACAAUCGAAAUCUUCUUCUACUCGCAUCUCAGAAGGUAAAAAGGAAAUGAACACAGCGACCCAAAAAUCAGAAUCGAAUCAGAUUGAGCGCAAUUUGAAUUAUAGCAAAAAUGAUAGUGAAGAAGAAGAGGAAGACUACUCCAAAUGCGACUGUCAAUAAAUUACUGUAAAGUGCAGUAGUGUCUCAUAUUAUAAUAUUAUGUUACUAUUGAAUAUUAUAUUUGUCAGUAUCUUAUAAGAGUCAAUAAAAUUUUAAAUACAAUUUAUCGUAAUCUAAACUAA